GGAGGUCCAGUCCUUGCGAUCUCUUGCCGCUCUGCUGCUGCGCAAACUGCGUGUUGUCAGUCAGCUGUCUGGUUUCAUAUUCCUCUGCUCGUGACGUUUCCUUUCCUUGGUGCUGUUCUUUUCUUCUCUGCUAGCGGCCUGUAUCUUCUACCACCGCACACCGUUUGCACCAGCUAGCCUAGAACAUCACAGUCAGGCUGUAACGACCAAUUCCAGGCAAACCCCGCACACCCGUCCAUCACAGACGGAUUACAAAUCACCGGAAAAGCACACCAAACAGAAGCUGAGGCAGCAGAAAAAAGCACAAAAGUCUGCAGAAACUCCAGAAAACAAAAAAGACAAAAAAAACACACAAACCAACCCAAGUUUACCCAUUUCUAGCACUACAUUCGAUUGCUUUGCUUGCACCGACCAGAUGACUUCAACCCUAAAGCGCACGAUCACAGACAUCAUGGAGGACGAACUAUACGCACCUGCGUUCAACGACAAGCAACAACAACAGCCGCAGGCCAACAUGGAAUUUCCUGCGUCCCAGCAGUCGCAGAACGACUUUCUCCAGUACCUCUCUCUCCCAAACGCUUCCCAGGACUCGCUCCAAAAGAUGGCAGAGCCUGAAAACCAGGUGAUAGAUCACAACGGUAGCACCAACAAUAGCGCCGCCGCCGCCGCCGCCGCAUACGGAAACUCCCCAAUGUCGAACCUGGAUGGCAUCUACAACUCCUACGGUGACCCUAAUCUGUACACCAACCCGCAGCUACCCGACUACCUUUUCAGCAACACAAACAACGACACGAACUCCCAGAACAUGGUGGACGAAGACGGCAUUAUCAUCAACCCGCAGAUAACCAACGUCGACGACCACCCUUACAACUACAACUACAUCCCUCAACACAGCCAGAUCCAAGCCAACACCAACAUCAACAACAACAGCUCCAGCAGUCCUCCAGUCGAUGACGCUCAGGAUGACAUUUUGAUGAUCCCUCAGGACAACUACUUUGUGUACGACCACCAGGAUCCGCAGUUCAUACCUGAAAUGCUCCAGAUGGAGUUGUCAAACAAAUCGUUCCCGCAAUCCAAUGAGUUGAACAUAUUCAAGGCCAACGACGUCUUGUACGAGUUCUCAGAUGAUGAGGACGAGGACGAUGACAUUGAUCUGCAGAACAAGUUGGACGACGACAUGGAAAUGAAAUUGGACGACGACGAUAGCAGUUAUGACGACGACUCAAGCUGUGCUGGAGAAUCCUUGGGCGACGCCGAAAAUGACAAUGCCAACAACUACAUCGCAGCCAAUGACAACUCGAUCUACUCUUUGACCGUUCCAAACCAGUUCAACUCGAUAUCUCUACCCUCGUUGAAUCAAAACCAGUUUUCUCAACAGCCUACUCCGCUAACCUCUUUCAACAACAUUGAUUUUUACGCAAGCGAUAACGACGACGAAGAGGAAGAUGAUCACGGAGUAGUGGACGACGACGACGACGACGAAGAAGAAGACGAUUUUGCCAUCGACAUGGACACAGAUGGUGACCUAUACACGUCUGCCUUCCAGGAAAGAAAGGAAUCCGUCAUUGGUGACUCAAGACCUCUGGUCAAAAAGGAACGUAUUUCGUCUCGUCCUACAACUAGACCAAAGAGGUACAACAGAAGAGCCUCCACACAUAUCCCUACUGCUCCAAAUCUUCCAUCAUCACUCAGAAAGCCUAGAUCCAGCGACACAAAUACCAACGGCCUCGAUUUUGCCGCCGCCAAAGCUGCUGACGAUGCCGCCACUGCCACCAUUGGCCACGAUACCUACGACAACAAAACUCCACUUGCAGACAAUGACGAUCCGAAGGAGGAUGAAGAAGAACAUGUCUGCAUCAUUCCAAACCCAAAGACUGGGAAGCCAUGUCUCAAGAAAUUCUCAAGACCUUACGACUUGGUUAGACACCAAAACACCAUACACGCAUCCAAAAGAUCGUUCUACAGGUGCAUGUUCUGUGAAGAUGACUUGAGAAGAAAACAUGACUUGGAGUCUAUCAACAAGAUUGUUGUUACAUGUAAAUACAGAAAUACUCAAUUCUCAAGGGAUAACUCACUCUCUCAUAUUACCAGUUCUCACAAUGUCAAGAAGAUCAAAUCCGGCGCGUUGAACAACUCGGGCUAUUUGAGCAACAAGACGUUCAGCCGUUGUGACGCUCUUACAAGACAUUUACGUUUCAGACAUGGUCUAAACAACAACCAGGUUGUUGACGCCAUGGAAUUCGCAAAGAAAAAUGUCGAAUUUUACGACAACUAAUUCUAAGGAUUUUUUUGUUUCCCAAUUUUUGAAUCAUAUCAACUUUUCUAUUUAUCUUUUAAACCUUUUUAAUUCUUCAUUAUCAUUAAAUUUUUCUUUUUUUUUGACGAUUUCUAUUCUCUUCUCUUUGCUUCUCUUUUCUACUUGUUUUGGUAAUAUCUAC